AUGCGCAAACGUCCUACGCCCCGAAAUGGUUGGUGCAAAUAUUGUGCCUGUCCAAAGUUCCGUUACUAUAUUUCGUUGAUUGACACGGCAAUGAUGACGGCCGUAGCCACCGAAAUCAAGAUUGAGAGGCCACCCGUCUCGUCGACUCUGCACAUGUUCGGCAGGCCUCUUCGGACGUACAGCAGUCAAGUGGAUCCUCCAGGACGCCGUUCUAUAGUAAGAAUAUCAUGCGCAGCCCGUUGUGGCAAAGUGGGCCAAUGA